CUUCACUGGAUGAACGUCACUUACAAUGGUUUGGGAAGCUCAAAAAGCUGGCUGCACAUGCAUGCUCCAUUUGCUCUCCAUUCUCCCUUUAAAGUAGUCCUUGUAAUAUUAAUAGUCAUGAAUAUCAAUUAUUAUGAGGGGGUGUAGAGAGGCAGAGGGUAGGGGAGAGCAGGCAUUCUGAGCUUUGCCUUGGGUGGAAGCAGAUCCACAGCUCCAAGACACAGAAAGAGACAAGAGAGAGAGAGAGGCUGUGAAUCCACAGAAAUAUAUUUUCUAUUUUGAGGACAUUUUUUGAUGGAUAGUUUUGAAAACAUCUCAAGAAGUGUUCCAGCUUUUGCUUCAUACAAGAAAAUAUUUUAUUUUUUCUAACUGCUUGCAAGACAUUACAUUUUGGCCAGAUGUUAGUCCACACCUAUUCAGCUAUGGACCGCCAUGAUGGUGUGCCCAGCCAUAGCUCUAGACUCUCCCAGUUGGGAUCAGUGUCUCAAGGACCCUAUUCAAGUGCCCCUCCGCUGUCACACACACCCUCCUCGGACUUUCAGCCUCCAUACUUCCCACCUCCAUACCAGCCUCUACCUUAUCACCAAAGUCAAGACCCUUACUCCCAUGUCAAUGAUCCUUACUCUCUAAACCCUCUGCACCAACCCCAGCAGCACCCCUGGGGACAAAGGCAGAGGCAAGACGUCGGUUCGGACACUGGGACCCUCCUUCCUCAGCCUAGAGCUUCGUUGCCCCAGCUCUCUGGACUUGACCCCAGGAGGGAUUACCACUCAGUUAGGCGACCAGAUGUUCUUCUCCACUCUGCACAUCAUGGGCUCGACUCUGGGAUGGGUGACAGCCUGUCCCUGCAUGGGAUCGGACACCCAGGCAUGGAUGAUGUCCAGUCAGUUGAAGAUGCCAAUAAUGCAAUGAAUCUUUUGGAUCAGUCAGUCAUAAAGAAAGUCCCAGUACCACCAAAAUCUGUCACCUCACUGAUGAUGAACAAAGAUGGAUUUUUGGGAGGAAUGACUGUGAAUGCUGGAGAGGUCUUCUGCUCAGUGCCUGGUCGCCUGUCUCUUCUCAGUUCUACAUCCAAGUACAAAGUGACAGUGGGAGAGGUCCAGAGACGCCUGUCCCCACCAGAGUGUCUCAAUGCCUCCCUCCUAGGAGGGGUACUAAGAAGAGCAAAAUCGAAAAAUGGGGGGAGAUCUUUAAGAGAGCGGCUAGAGAAAAUCGGAUUGAAUUUGCCCGCAGGUCGCCGCAAGGCUGCCAACGUCACCCUGCUGACGUCACUGGUAGAAGGCGAAGCAGUGCAUUUAGCUCGGGAUUUUGGAUAUAUUUGUGAAACUGAAUUUCCAGCCAAGGCAGUAUCAGAAUAUCUGAACAGGCAGCACACAGACCCUUCAGACCUGCACUCCAGGAAGAAUAUGUUGCUGGCCACAAAGCAGCUUUGUAAAGAGUUCACGGAUCUCUUGGCUCAAGACAGAACGCCUAUAGGCAACAGUAGGCCAAGUCCCAUCUUGGAACCUGGGAUCCAGAGUUGCUUGACUCACUUCAGCCUCAUUACCCAUGGCUUUGGGGCUCCAGCCAUCUGUGCCGCCCUGACAGCUCUCCAAAACUACCUUACGGAGGCCCUCAAAGGAAUGGACAAGAUGUUUUUGAACAACAACAGCACUAACAGGCAUUCUUCUGGAGAAGGACCAGGUAGCAAAAAUGGGGACAAGGAAGAGAAACACCGAAAAUGAAAGCAAAAAAACAAAAACAAAACAAAAAAAAUACUACUACAUCUUUCAUUUUAGCUUUAAAAAAAUAUCGGACCGGCUUUGGGAAAAAAAAUAAAAA